CAUUAUUCAGGGUCUUGCAGCGGGCCGAGAGCUUAGCGUCCGCUCCCAGCCCAACGGUUAGGAAUUCUCAACGCUUAAGGGCGUUGGCCUACGGUUAACAGCGUUGUAAUACGGUUAAGAUAUAUUAAGCGUUCUACAGACCCCUAUAUUCCCGUUAAUGUUCCUCACGUGCUUCUCUUGGUCCACUGCAAGUGCCAUGUGCGAAGUGUGAAGCUUUCAAAAGUUGAAUUGAAUGCAAAGUUGGGGCUACGUCACCUAAGAUUGCCCCCUCCUUCUCCUUCGCGGUUCUUAAGGCAAUCUCCUCCGUGCAACACCCACGCGCAUCCAUUUGCACCACAACUUCCAUCUCUCGCAGAACCGCGCACAUCGACCAACCACCAUAUCCUUCAACCACAGGUGAUCGUCAACACCGACAAGAUGUCGUCUAUUGGGCUUGACGUAAUCAUGAUGAUCGAGUCGUACACCGACGAUAAGGGGUACAGCGCCAAUGAGCGUGUGGCUCUGGCCCAUAACAUCAUUGAGGCUAGCAACCUCGAUACCUACGAGAAGAUCCGUCAGAUGAUGUUUUCCCUCCACGGGUAUAUCGUCAACCUAGGAAAGACCUACUACAAGGCUCGCGACGUGGAGGAGCUGUUGACCAUCCAGCGGCGCGAGCGCUUAGCUAUCGAACUUCUUGGCUCGGCCAGCGGUACCUCCCCCAAAAACAAGGAGGUCGACGUUCCUGUCCCUCCCUCUACUGAAAAGUAGAACAUGUACAGGUAAACAACUGAGUCCGUCGUUGUUGACGAGAACGUCGAGGAGAAAAUGACCGAAGGGGAGAUGGUCUAGGUUGUGUCUUAAGCACACCGGAGUUUCCAGACUAUUCUUUUCUGAGGUACCUCUAUCUUCCACUUGUCAUAGCCAACUACAGGUAGGUACCUACCUAUCCCGCGCCAGUCAUUAGAAGAGCUGCGGGGAAGUAAACAUCAAUGAUGACUCUGUAGCUUGGGACGUUCCAUUUAAUCUUCCGUUGCCG